UGUAUAAAAUCUAUCCGGCUGCGUGCAUUUACUGUUUGCCGUUUUGUCUUUUUGUAUGAAUUAUAUACAUAUAUAAUAUAUCUCAACAAAUUGCUUGCUCGUUAGAAUCUCGAUCGAUCUGACUGACACAAUGGUUGUAAUCAGAAUCAUUACUUUAAAAAAAAAUCGGCACCGCGUAUAGUAAUAUCGCUUGAAGCUACAGUUUUAGAGAUUUCCAUUCAAUACAAAACUUUAGAAUAACGAAUUACAUGUGGAUAAUAAGAUCUCGCUCCUUGUGUCAUGAGAAGAAAACAGUAGUUGCGAUACUUUGCAUUUAAAAAAAAAAGUUGGUCUACUACCGUGGCCUGUGUUUGUGUUUCCUUCCACUCAAGCGAUUAAUAUCUUAUUUGGGUGCGAGAUUGUAUUACGUGCGUACGAUCUUUUCUGUGACCACUGGCUUGCAAGUCAUAUUAGUGUCUGAAUGAAAACCCUGGGAGUUAAAUUCCCGAGAAAAGGAAGUCCCACUGGGUUUAAUCUGAUAAAACCGUAUCUCACACUUGUUUAAAGUGGGUUAGUACUGUUGUGAAACCGUAAAGGUGUUUUAUAGGACACAGUGUUUUCUGGGAUCCGUGUGGAUCUAGGCAAAGAAAUGCGUAUAUAUACAUAAACACAACGAAUUUGACCCAAAUAGCGAAUCUGAGGAUCAAUGCUUGCAACGUUGGGAAACUCCAGCAGGUUCGUUCAGACUGUCCUACGAAAAUGUCGACCAUACGAAAGAUUGGAUAUUAUAUAAUUGUUUCAGUAUUAUUUGUUUUCGUCGCCCAGACGUGUUUUCCACUACUCGUGUUUCUACAGGAAAACUUAACCAUUGGGAGUUUGUUCUGUGCAUUUUGUUUGGGGUUGGCUUUGAUUUUGUUACCUUCGUACUCGGGUACCGUCUCACCACAUGAUAAGGCCGUCUUGAUUACAGGUUGUGACAGCGGGUUUGGUCACAGUCUGGCUCUAAACUUGGACAAACAAGGAUUCACCGUUUUUGCCGGCUGCUUGUUUUCGGAUCGAGAAGGUGCACGGAGUUUGAAGGAAAAUUCCACGAAUCUUCACGUGGUGCAGCUGGACGUUACAGACGACUGGCAGGUCCGCAAAGCUGUGCAAUCUGUCAAAGAAAAUCUAAACGGAAAAGCAUUUUGGGCAUUGGUUAACAAUGCUGGAAUCGCAACGUUUCAAGAGAUCGAAUGGUGCUCCGUCACGCAGUUCCAACAAAUAAUGGAUGUCAACGUCAUUGGUGUUGUCAGGGUUACCAAAGCGUUUUUGCCGCUUCUGCGCGAAGGCGAUGGCCGUGUGAUUAACGUGGCUAGUUUGGCCGGUCGUUUCACCGUACCCGCUUUUGCAGCAUAUUCAAUGUCGAAGAAAGCAUGCAUUGCAUUCUCCGACGGAUUGAGACAGGAAAUGGCGAAGUUCGGUGUCAAGGUCAUCACUAUAGAACCCGGAUUGUACAGGACUCCAAUUGUUGAAUCGGAUUACCUCAUAAAUGCUAACCGGAAGUCGUGGGCGGAAACUCCAUCUGAGGUCAAGGAGGUGUACGGAGAAGAAUAUUUCGACGCUUUUUGUAAGAGCAUCUCCCUGCACAUGAAGCGCGCGCGCAGCAAUGUGGGGGAGGUUGUCAAACAGAUGGAAGAGGCUGUUACAUCUGCUUAUCCCAAACAUCGAUAUGUACCAUAUUGGAUUUCGGACAUGAGGGCCACCAUACUGGGCAUUUUGUCGGAUGAGACUAGGGACAAAUUCUUCCUUAAUACAUAUAAAUUGCCAACGAAACCGGCACAGACACCCAAAAGUCUUUCAAGGCAGAACUCGGCAUCGCCAACGUUUAAUUUAACGCUGAAAAAUGUGUUCAGACAAAAUUCAGAGUCUAAAAAGCCAUGAGGAAUGAACGAGCACUUCAUUAAAGAUCAUGAAGAAUGAACGACCGCUUUAUUAAACAAAGGUUUGAUUGAUAGUUUGUUAUAUGAAAGACAGACAAUUUUGAGGGGUAUUAUAUAUAUAAAGCUGAUUUAUAAAAGACUUUUUAAAAGAGGGGAUGAAAUGUUUAUCUUAACUAACACCUGUAAUGAGACCAAAGAUUUUCAGGGAGUCGUGAUUGAAGACCAGUAAGCUGCUUCAAUACUCGAUAUACAUAGGCGAAUUUCAUGGUAACAUGUCCGUGCAAUCGGUAUGUUUUAGAAUCCGCUACAUUCUUUUAUUCAGGUUGUUAUAUACCAAAGACUUGAUGUCAACCUCUGAAAUGCGUUGUGGAAAUGUAUAAACUUUUAUCAUCUAUUUAGCUGUACUCCGUGCAUGUUUUAUCACAGAAGUUUGUAGGGUUUUCAUGUUUUAUUAUUGAUUUUGUAUAUUCAAAGUUUUACGAAUUAUUAUUUUUCAGAAACUUUUUCAUUUUCCAUAUAUAUGUGAAUAAAUGUUAUUUAAUUAAU